AAAAAGCUUAACUUAGUUCGUGGUAUAUAAUUUUAUUAUUAAGAUUCGAGAUAAAAAAAGAAUUGAAUCUAACAAUUUCCUCCUUCUCGCAAGAGAGCGAUCUAAUGGCAGAACAAACCGAUACUCGAAAUUCUCCCGAGGACAACAGCAAACAUCAUGUUCUGGCAUGCUCUAGUCUCCCACCUUAUCCAUUUGGUGACCUUCAGAUGUAUCCAAUUGUGUACCCUGCUAUGGUUCCUGGUUUUACACCGUCUUUGCAAAAUCAGGAUCAGAUGCAUCGCGGGGCUGGCAUUUAUGCUGUGCCGGUUCCGCCAGUUAUGGGUCCAAUUGCCGGAUUUCCGUCGAAUACACUUAUCCCUCUCACGUAUAAUGUACCUACUACUAGGUCAAGUUCUAAUGCUGGGGCACCCAGCGAUCAUGGACAAGGGGGACAACAGCCACAACAGCAUCAGCAGCAACAGCAACAGCCUGCAGCUCAAAGACAAGUUGUUGUAAGGAGAUUUCAAAUUGCAUUUCAGCUUGAUUUAUUACUUAUACUUAAGCUGGCAGCUGUAAUCUUUUUGUUCAACCAAGAUGGAUCAAGACAAAGACUUGUUGUGCUCGUGUUCUUUGCUUCACUUGUCUAUUUAUACCAAACUGGAGCUCUCACACCGUUGGUCCAGUGGCUCUCACAAAGCAUGCAAAGGGCAGCUCAACCUCCCCGUCCACCUCGGCCGGUUGUCAGACCUGAAAAUGCUCCUCCUGUGGCAAGGCAGAAUGAGAUUGUUGCACUGGCAGAGGGACAAGCUGUAGCUGAUAAUGAAAGUCAUCCUCCAGAGGACGGUAACCAGGCCGUUGAGAAUGAGAACAUAGUAGAACCUGGAGAAGGUGACGGCGGGAACAACUGGUGGGGAAUUGUCAAGGAGAUUCAGAUGGUUGUCUUUGGCUUUAUCACUUCUCUUCUUCCAGGUUUUCACAAUGUAGAUUAGAUCAUAAUGUAGUGGCAAACUGACUUCUUCAACUACUGUAUAGAAGCGGGAAGUGCUUGGUUUCCAUUGUUCGCCUCAAUUGUUGUUUUUCUGCUGUUUUCUAAUAUGAGUACCGCCAUUUUACUUA